AUGCCGCUCAAUCGCCCCCUUUCUUAUUUUAUUUCCCUCCUUGCCUAUACCCGUGUCGCGCAAAGCCAGACCAUCCAAGCGCAGUGUGGAAAUGCGGACCGAUCGUCCAUCAUUUCCGACGCACUCUUCAACUCUGCUGAAGUGUCGUCAAAAGUCCUCCCAGCAUUGCGCGAUACUAUAUGCCCCUUCGACCACGAAUCAUACUGCGCUCUGUACCCUCAAUGCACCUUCUCCACGUUUAUCACCGAGAAUGGUCAAGAGGUACAGAUCACCAUCAACAAGACGGAGGACAUCUCUCCAGGAAACAAUGGGCAGUUGAAACCGUGUAAUGAUGUGAUGAACCAAAUCUUUUCUCAAUGCAUUACAGGUUCCCAACCAAAAACAAGUGGAACCGCCCGGCACGAAAACAUCAUCUACUCCAUAUCAUUCAGUGCGCUGCCCGCCCUCGAGGGCCAGGACAAUCAGUUCCAGAGUAUCUUUAUCUCCCCAGAAGGGUCAGAAGAUAUUGUAGCCGCACUUCCGCCAGAGUUCCAGUCUCUCGCGUCCGAUAUCGAGGAAACCAAACCCACUGCGACUGAGGCGCCCCAACCACCGCCGCCUGCGCCCACACCUCAAUGCGAGACCGACUGUCUCGAACUACGAAACAAGGUCACGGCAAAGGCGGACUCAAACGGCAACAUCUGCACCGGUUCUGGAGACUUUACCACCACUGGCCACGCUUCUGAUAAAAACAGUGAUUGGUUCCGGAUUGACAAUCAGAACAACUGCUAUCUUACGGUUGCAAAAUCGGCAGAAGUUCUGGGUCACAGUGGAGAGUAUUGUUUCAGUGUCAACGACCUGAACAAUUUCAUCUCGAGGGAGGCUGCACAGUGCAGUCAGGAUCCGUUUUUCAAGCAGAUUAGCAAUGAUCCACUGCCUGGUCAGAAUAGGUUCUCUGGGGUAGGGAUGGCAUGUUUGGCCGAUGGGAAUAAUGCGGACAAGUGUGGUGAGGGCAUUUUGUAG